GGAAACCCACUUGUCAGAUUUUUUCCACAUUUGUACACAUGUUAAAAGGUACCAAUCCACCCAGCACAUCCUUGGUUCAAGGGUGUUUCACUUCUUUCCAUCCAGCAAUGAAAUACACUUUCUGUGUGUAAUGGAUAUGUAUAGUAAAGUUUUUGGUCAUUACCAGAAAUGAAAACUAAUGAACUGUUACUGAAAUGCAUGUUUUGCGAAAUAGAAACUUGCAAUGUCAUUUUCUUAUUGGUUUGUCUAAUUUCAUAGGCCCUGCCUGUACGACUGGAGAUAUAUACGCUACAAUACAGGAACAAUGGCCAUCACCUGCAAUAUCCAAAUCUUACCAGACAUCCCAUACACGGCAAACUUAUCAGGAUCAACCAAUCACAACUCCUGCUGCCUACCAGGAUCAGCCAAUCACAGUGCCUGCUACCUACCAGGAUCAAACAAUCACAGCCCAUAGUACAUCCAUGAUGUUACAAAAUGCAAAUCAAUUAUAUGAUACAAUCGAUGCAGUCCCGCCACCUUUUGAGGUAUCUGAUAACUACACUUGCUCGUUAUGCUAUAAAAACAUGUUUUCAAAACGUUGUUUGGAAUACCACAAUCAGUUGGUACAUAACAAAUAUUGCGACGUAUGCAACCGUAGACUCGAUCAACUGGGUGAUGAUCCGACCAAUCACGGUGCUGCGCACACAGGGGAGAAAUCACACCAAUGUCGGGACUGCUAUAAAUUGUUCCAAAGCAAUCGAGGCCUCCAGCAUCAUCUAGCUAAAGAUUUACAAUGUGCUGUGUGCAGCAAAAUCGUAAUUGAGACCAAUAAGGUGACACAUAUGAGAUCUCAUGUUGAAAUGUUUCAAAAAAAGUAAAAGAUGUCCAAAAUGAGGCACAAUUUGGUAUGAGAUGUGUUAAAUAAAUAAAUUGAGAAGUAUGAAAUCGAAAUGUUAGCCUACUCAGUAGAUGUUCAAAACAAGGUCAGAAGGUAGACAUGGUAAAUUGUCAAAUAAGGGAUAUCACAUUAAAUAUGUGAGAAAUAUGAAAUGUUACUGUACAAUGUUGAAAACAAGGCAUUGGCAUGACAACAUGUCAUUGGCAUGACAACAUGUCAUCAUAUGCAAGGAUCUAAAUGAUUUGGUGAGGUAAAGUAUAAUUGGCGAGGCAA